AUGCACUCCAAGAAGGAAGCGAAUGUCUCUCAGAAUGACAUCUGCGCUCACGGUGAUGGUGAUAGCCGGAAACGAGACACUCCAGAGGGUGCUGGUCAGACCAAGAAAGGACGCACGGCCAAAGCCGUGCUCACUGACAGCAAGGAACAGUGGCUCACAGAAACAUUCUUGAAGGACAUGGCCAAUACACUGGCAAUCGUCUUUCCCUUAAAGAAGUUCGCUGACGACCAUAACUGCUCUAGCGAACAGGUUAACUGGGCAUUAAUUGAAUUCACCGGCCGGCCACUUGUCAAGCUCGCACAAUUUGUGCAUGAAAACCCGCAGUGUCUCUCAAUUGCAGAGUACAGUAGGAAAGUAUCUGAAAGCUGCAUGGAAUCCGUGACCAAGCAGUACUGUUCUUCGGUCUUCUCAACCCCCGAGUCUGUAAAGUCCACAGUUGGACAGAAGACCAGGUUUUGCAGUGCCUCACAGGCUGCGUCGUCCAAUUCGGACGAAGAUUCUCAAGCGCAAUUGAAAACCCCAUCCAGCAUCGUGCAAACGAACGAGUCAAAAAUGCGAUUCAAGAAUACUUCUCAACCCGUCACCGCUGCGGAAAACGCGGAUGAUGCAGGACAAGGGAAGAGCGUCGACCUCCAUGGCACGCCACUCGCAUCUUCUAUGACUGGAGCCUCUUCAACAGCUCAGUCGGGAACAACAUCGACAGACGAAGAGUCACCCAUGAGUGUCAAAGCAGUGACCGGCUUUACUGAAAAGGAGAAACCGUCGAAUCUGAAGAUCAGAUUCAAACUGAACCCACCGAAACGUCCCUGCCCCGUAUCGAACGCUGAUUCGAAUGACGAGUUGCCAAAGUCACCUCUCGAUCGUGUUAUUGAACAAAAGCGCACCAAGACCCUCCAGCAGCAGCACAGGGUUUUCAACUACGCAGACCACGUAUCUGAAGGAGAGGGAAUUGCGGCUCGAAGAUGGGUGAAAAAGGACGAGUUUGGAAACUAUAUCCCUAUCACGCGCAAAGAGAUGCGUCUGUAUCUGGAACAGAUGGGGAGAGAAGCACAAGAUGGUGGGAAAUGA